AUGGAGAUUUCAUUUAUGCGCUCAAAGAUAGCAUUUAUAGACUUAAACCUAACAAAGACAAAUGCGUGUCGAUAUCUACCUGUUAACUCACAACGUACGAUGAAGUACUUUAUUUUAUCGAUAUUGAUUACUUUUGCUGAAGCUGGUAUAAUUAAUGUACAACCAAAAUGUGUAACAAUACGUAAUAUUGUACAUGAAGAAGAAGUCUUAAAAGAAAAAGUUCAUUAUCCGUAUCAAUUGGCCCUUGAUUAUGAUACAAACACACUGUUUUUCAGCUAUACAGCAAGAACCACAGAAACAUUUAAAAUGGCAUACCUAAAUUUGAAAUCAAAUGACUACGGAUUAGUAAGUGGUAUACAGGGAGGUUUUGCAAGUGCUGUUGACAUACAAUCGCAUAUAGUCUACAUGGGUGGUGAAGAUGGUGUCUAUCAAUUUGAAUAUAACACAAAAUCCGCUGCAAGGCUUAAUAUAAAAUCCGAUGUAAAUAUCUGGCAAAUGUUUUAUAAGGAUGGAUUAUAUUUUACUACAUACCCGGAAGAGAAAGCAUAUCUAUACAAAAACCAAGAAAUAAUGCAGGUUUCUGAUUUGAAAGACAAGGUUAUGGUUUUAGGUGUAAAGAAAGACGGAAGUUACGUAUAUUCUAACUCCUCUGGACUAUUUAUUUAUAACAAAGCAAGUGGUAAAGCUUUGAAUAUAGGUGACUAUGUAGUUAAUGGAAUUACAUCUGAUAUUGAUGGGAAUAUAUACUUUUCAACACCUUCUGGAAUUUAUUAUAUUGAUGAUGAACGGAAUAAAAUAGAGGAACUAAUGAAACAAGAAGAAAUUUACGGUGUCGCUAUAGAUGGGAACGGCAGCAUUAUAUAUGCAAAGGAAGACAGUAUUAUUAGACUGAAACCAGCAAAAGGAAAUUGUGUAAAUAAUCGUGUGGAAAACGAUGUCUUAUAA